AAGGGAGUACCAGUUUCAACGAUGGACCACCACUCAUUCACCCCCUACACUUUCGAAGGAAAGGGGAGGAAAUUUAGAGAAAAAUAGAGGAAAAAAAUGCAGGCGUCGUGCGUUCAUCCUCCAGCAUCUUGGGAAUUCGAUGCGCAUAAUGCUGUGCAGCGAUUGUACAAGCCUAUUAAGGUGCGAAAUUCAGGGUUUAGAUCAAUCAGAAUGUGUUACUCAGACACAAGCCUACAGCACCUCGAACAUCAAGCAGACUCUUUUCUACACAACAGUUUGGAAUCUGCUGGAAUUGAUACCACACAUGCCAGGGUUGCAAGGAAAAAGUUUGUCAAAGAGGUGAAAGGGAUGCGCAAUUCAGAGAGAGAGAUGAGCAUAAGCAAAUGUGUGAGUAUUGAUUUGGGCAGAGUGGCACUGGAAAUAGCAGCAGAGGACGAUGCCCUGGUUUCACAUUCUUCAGUUGCUCUGCCAGUGGAAGCUUAUAUUUCAAGAUUAGAUGACUUGAGCAUGGAAUUCUGCAGGCAUUUCUUGCCACAAAGGGGAGAUCCCCCACAUGUUUUUCCCACGAACUUAGAAAGGUUUAUGUACAUCCACAAGGGUUAUAAAAGAACACCAGUCUCAAAUGCAGGAGAUGUAAGGGGUUUAUACCUUAACAUGGUUUUGACCCGUCAUACAGGAUCGGUUAUUAUGCUGGCACUAAUCUAUUCUGAGAUUAUUAAGAUGGUGAAGAUUUAUGGUCUUUUAGAUCAUGACAUAGAAAUUGAUGUACCUCAUCAUCCAACUCAUCUUCCUAGAGGUUAUAUAUUAUCAAAUCUUCCAGGAGAUAAAGGCUAUCUCAAAGUAAAGGAUGGAGAUGAUGAUGCACCUCAUAUCUUGACAACUCAGAUGUUUCUCACUGAGAUUCUAGGAAAUCUUAAAGAAUUUUUCUGGCCAUUUCAAUAUGAACCAAAUGUUAGUGGAAGUUUAUUCUUGAGGGCUGUAUAUGCUGCAAAUUGUGGGGUUGGUCCAAGCAUUCUGAAUUCAGAAAGUGCAUUUGAAUCUAGUUUGAGUGGGGUUGAGCUUGCCAAUGCAAAGGCUGCAGAACAUCGAUUACGUCGUGGAGUUUGGACAAGUACACGAUAUGGGGAUUUACGACGUGCAAUGGCUGCUUGUGAACGACUUGUUCUAUUGGGAGUAGAUGCCAAAGAAUUAAGGGACUACAGUAUCCUCCUCUACCAUUGUGGUCUGUAUGAGCAAUCAUUUGAAUACCUAAAGCUGUACUGCAGGUCUAAGAACACUUCCCAAACAACAGUUUCAUCUUCUAAUCCAUUUGAAGAUCAAGAGAACACUGCAGUAGAGAAGUUCAUGGCACGUCUAAAGCUUAUUCUGAUGGAGGAAGGUUGGAGCAGGCCUUCUAUUGGCAAGCAUCAAUGGGGUUCAAGUUCUGAACCAUGGUAGUAUCUGCCAUUUUCUACUCUGGUUGGCGGUGAUAACAGUACAUAACAUCUUCCAUAAAUGUACAUAACUGAGAAGAUGGAGGUUGUAAGAUAAAUUUUUGGAAAUGCUGUAAAUUUUUUAAUUCCUAUUAGUAAAGCACUCCUUCAAUAUAAAUGUCUUAUUAUGCUUGAUAGGUAUGGAAUUCAACUUCAAGGGUCAACCAUGUAUAUAACAAACCGCUUGUUGCAUCAGCUGUGUUUAUAUUCCCAGAAUCAGUUUGUCUCUGGAUGAUUAUUUUGUAGGAGACAUCAUACAAAAGAUUUUUACUAAACAUUCAAUUCUUAAAUCCUUAUUAAAGGAUAAUUUUUAUGCAAGACACCUCUACAGCUAUUUGAUAGCAUAAGCUAUCUUGCAAGAUGUUACUGAGAAUCUCUCUCUUGCUGAUUGGGGUUGUGUCCCUGGAAAAUACAAUUUUUAAUUGAACCUUCUCCAUCUCAAAUUUGUUAAAUUUAAGAGUUUCCGACUAUGAGCAAAUUUUAUUUUCCUUAUGA